AGUGAACGAGCACUAAACUACUUCGCUUGCGUUUCUCAAACACGGAAACAUUUAUUGAGAAGAGAAAUCGAAACUACUGAAGAGUUUUUGAACGCGUGACUGUAUUUGUGCAGUCAGUAAAAUGGCAGAAGCGACUCUUUCAGUGUCUCAGGAUCAGUUCAUCUGUUCAAUCUGUCUGGAUUUACUGAAGGAUCCAGUGACCAUUCCCUGUGGACACAGUUACUGUAUGAGCUGUAUUACAAACUGCUGGAAUCAAGAUGAUCAGAAGAGAAACUACAGCUGCCCUCAGUGCAGACAGACCUUCAAUACAAGACCUGAUUUAUAUAAAAAUGUGGUGUUUGCUCAGAUGGUGGAGAUGCUGAAGAAGACAAAACUUCAGACUGAUCGAUCUGCUCUCAGUUCUGCUGGACCUGAAGAUGUGAAGUGUGACGUCUGUACUGAGAGAAAACACAAAGCUAUCAAGUCCUGUCUGGUGUGUCUUGAAUCUUACUGUCAAACUCACUUUGAACAACAUGAAGCUUUUCACAGAGGAAAGAAACACAAAGUGAUUGAUGUGACAGGAAGAGUUCAGGAGAUGAUCUGCUCUCAACAUGACAAACUCAUCGAGGUUUACUGUCGCACUGAUCAGAGAUGUAUUUGUUAUCUGUGUGCGAUGGAUGAACAUAAAAAUCACGACACUGUAUCAGCUGCAGCAGAGAGAACUGAGAACCAGAGAUUACUGGAGGACAAGCAGAGAAAACUCCAUCGGAGAAUCCAGGAGAAAGAGAAGAAGCUUCAGGAUCUAAGAGAGGCUGUGAAGAUUCACACGAUCUCUGCACAGACAGCAGUGGACGACACUGAGAGGAUCUUUACUCAACUGAUCCGAUCCAUUGAGAGAAGACGAUCUGAGGUGAUACAACUGAUCAGAGAUCAGGAAAAGACUGCAGUGAGUGAAGCUGAAGAUCUCUUGAAGAAACUGAAGCAGGAGAUUGAUGAUCUGAGGAGGAGAAAUGAUGAGAUGGAGAAACUUUCACAAACAAAAGAUCACAUCAGUUUCCUUCAGAGUUUUCAGUCUCUCUCUUCAUCUCCUGGAUCUUCAGACAACAUCACUGUCUCUUCUCUUCUCUCUUUUGAUGAUGUGAUGAAAUCUGUCACUAAACUGAAAGAAAAGAUGGAGGAUUUCUGUAAAGAAGACAUUGAUAAGAUAUCUGAGAAAGUUUCAUCCCUUGUAGUUAUUCCCACCGAUGAACCAAUGAUCAGAACGGAGUUCCUAAAUUAUUUCAGGCUCUUCUCUCUGGAUCCAAACACAGCAUGUGGAGUUAUCUGUCUGUCUGAGGAGAACAGAGCGGCUACUCGCACUAGGACAUUUCAGUCGUAUCCUGAUCAUCCAGACAGAUUUGAUGAUUGGUCUCAGGUGUUGUGUAGAGAGAGUUUAUGUGGACGCUGUUACUGGGAGAUUGAAUGGAGUGAUGGUGUGUUUAUAUCUGUGUCAUAUAAGAGCAUCAGCAGGAAGGGAGGAGGUGAUGAGUCUGGAUUUGGACUUAAUGAUCAGUCCUGGAGUUUGUUCUGUUCUUCCUCUCAAUGUUCAUUCAUUCACAAUAAUAUAAAGACAAAUCUCCCAGGAGUCUCCAGUAAAAUAGGAGUUUAUGUGGAUCACAGUUCAGGAUCUCUGUCCUUCUACAGCGUCUCUGACACAAUGACCCUCAUCCACAGAGUCAACACCACAUUCACUAAACCUCUCUAUCCUGGGUUUGGGUUUAACUUUUAUAACUCAACAGUGAAACUAUGUGAUCUAAAACUAUAAAUGAUACAUGCUUAUACUGGUUAAUAUACACAAGUGUCACCUAAACCAGUUUAUAUAAUUAGAUAAGAUAAAUUAUAAUUCAUAUUUGUUAUACAUUCCUUUCUUAAACAUUGAGAUUUUUUCUGUCUAGAUUGUCUCUGUAACUUUAGUUUGUAGACUAAAACACAUUGAAAUCCAACAUCUUAGCUUCAUGAGAAUAUCUUUUGAUUUAUUUCAUAAGCAGACAGUCUAGUCAUUGUACGGGAAAGUCCUUUAGUCCUAUGUUAAAUUUGGGAGUUAAUAAUAUUUAGAUUUUUUAAGUAGAUAUGAAGGUUUUAUCUAAAUUUGUUUUGAGUUGUUAAACAGAUAUAUGGAGAGAUGAACUGAAGGUUAAUUCUGAAGUUAAAUUCAUUUGGAGAUCAUUUUACAAACCACCAAUGAAGAAUAAAGAUUGAUGAUCUGAAAUAGAGAAACCUUCAUGGAUCAGUUGCUGUAAAGUUUUUUAUUUCUACUUUAAACUCUACUGUAAGUCAUUCAGGUCCUUGAUUGUUUGAAACAAGAGAUCAUUUUUCAUUUUAAUUCCUUUGGGGGGUUACACAGUCAUAAUCAUUAAAAUUAAAAGAAAUAAACAUUUGAAAUAUAUCAGUCUGUUUGUAAUGAAUGAAUACAAGUUUCACUUUUUUUAAUGGAAUUAGUGAAAUAAAUUGAUGAUAUUGUAAUUAUAUGACCAGCACCUGUAGAUCGUAAAUCACCAGACACUUGAAAAUCGUUGUAGAUCUAAAUUAAAUCCCUGAGUGCAUCAUAAGUGUUACAAAAUCACCUGCAGGACAAUCAGCAAAAUACACCUAAACUUUACUCCUGUGUAAUGAUGAUAAUGUAAUGUUUUUAAAUGUAUAUUUAUUUAUUAGGUUCUUCUUUGCUAAUUGGUUUGAAUUAAAUGCAGUCAAAAUAAAAGUUUUUCAAUUUGUGAUAAUGUUCAGAUGUGUCUCACUGUCUUUCAUCUAUUCUAAUUAAAUUCAGAAGUCAAUACUUGAAGAUUUGCAGAGACAUUAUUAUUAAUCUCUUACAUUAAUUCAUUAUCUGAUUGUGAA